AUGUCCACCACACACAACGACAUUGACAUCAAGAUGUCCCCACCCUCAGCGGCGUCGACCUUGACGGACCUCAAGCAGUACGCUGGCGAUGACGAAACCCUCGACAUCAAGCCCACUCAGCUUGACCGAAUCAAGAUUGAGCAACAAGUUCAGCAGCGGCUUGACGACACGGUCCAGCGCAUCAAAGACACAUCCGAGCAGCUUCAAACCAUCGCGCAACCCUAUGCCCAGAAGACCAGGGAUUUUGCUGAAGAGAGACCUGUGUUCUUUGUAAGUCCGGGGACGUGCGCAGUUGCUGAUUUGUUGACCUUUAUCGUGGUCUUUUCCGCCUUGAGCGCGAUCCCGCUUGUCUGCUUUGGAACAUUCCUUGUGUCUUCGGCGGUCUUUAUCAUUGGCACUGCAGCGAUCUGCAUCUGCCUGUCCCUUCUCGUCACAGUGUUCAUUGCAAGCUCGGUCCUUCUCCCGGUUCUCCUAUUCACCCUCAUCACGUCCACCCUCAUCACUUCAUUCUUACUCUUUCUCUUUCUCGCGCACCGCCUCUACCUACACCUCACCGUCGCGGCCAAGCACGAUCCGUCGGUCGAACACUUUUCCGCUGGGAUGAAGAGCUGGGCCGAUGAAACCAAGGCCAGGGUGGAUCUCACAUCUUUGGGGUUGAAGGGUAGGGUAAGUUGGGCGGAUAUGGGGGACUCUGGUCAGUGGAAGAAGGAGGACGAAGGUCUUCAGUUGGGUGGAAUUGGACAGGAGCCGGCGGCUUGA